GUUGAGCAACUAUUUUUCAAGUGUAAUGUGUUACAGUUAUUCGAAACCCGGAAAUAACGAUGCGACAAACUGGUAAAAUCAUCAUAAAUAAGGUGGAAAAAUCACCAAAAGUGAAAAAUUCAAAAACGAAUUUAAUAAAUCACAAUACACCAACGAAUUGCCAAAUAAUUGAGUUUAUAUUGGUCACCAUCAAUCGUUUGCUAAUCGGUUUUGUAACGAUCUAUAUGUGUUGGAUGUGUUUGCGUUUGAAAUACGAAGAUAUACCCUUUCAUGCGGUGCUGUGUACUCUGGGGUUUGUUUGCCUAAUGUCUGAGGGCUUAUUGGCUCAUUAUCGUGGUAAUGCCUGGACUUUGUUAUGUUUUCGCACCGAGAAAACACGUUCUCAUUGGCUUUUACAGUUAAUUGGUUCCAUAAUUGGUAUAUUUGGUAUUGGCGUUAAGAUUUGCAUAGAGGAAGUACAUUUUCAUACGGUACAUGGUUUGGUGGGCCUUGCCACUGCUGUUCUCCUAUUGCUGAGCCUUCUAAGUGGCCUGAGUGCCCUGUACGCCAAUGAAAUGAAACAUUGUAUGCAACCUUUAUUCAACAAAGCCUUUCACAAUAUCUGGGGCUUAUUAACCUUUACACUAGCCAUGAUCAGCAUGUAUACAGCCUAUGAAACGGAUAUAUUUUUUCAACAUUCUUUAGAUGCGGCCAACUACAUGGAUUUCAAGUGGCUAAUACAAUCAUGUAUUGUCCUAAUAUGGCUGUUGACCAGCUAUGGUCCUUUAUGGUGUUUAAUUUAUACAAAAUUAUGUAGGUCUUGUUAAAA